GUCUCACGAGGCGGUGUGGGGCGGGGCUUGCGCCAGGGACGUUACAACUUGUCUGGCCCGGCGGCGGCGCCAUUUUGAAUCGGCUGCGGUUGGAGGUGGCGGCAGCUGAGCGAGGCGCUGCGUCCCCCGAGAGAGCCAGAGAACAUGGCGGCGAACCGGAAUCUGAAGCAGGUGCGGAUCGAGAACAGCUCCCCGGCGGCGCCGCUGGGUGUGGUGGGCGGCGGCGGCAUGAAGGGGCUGCGCGGCCUGGAGGCGGAGAGCGAGGCGGCCGCCAUGGCGCUGGGCAAGGAGCCCGGGGACGAGGAGCAGGGGCGCGGCUUCACCAUCGACAUCAAGAGCUUCCUGAAGCCCGGCGAGAAGAGCUAUACGCAGCGCUGCCGCCUCUUCGUCGGUAACCUGCCCACCGACAUCACCGAGGAGGACUUCAAGCGCCUCUUCGAGCGCUACGGGGAGCCCAGCGAGGUCUUCAUCAACCGGGACCGCGGCUUCGGCUUCAUCCGCUUGGAAUCUAGGACACUUGCUGAAAUAGCAAAGGCAGAACUUGAUGGUACGAUUUUGAAGAGCAGACCACUUAGAAUUCGUUUUGCUACACAUGGAGCUGCCUUAACAAUCAAGAAUCUUUCACCUGUGGUUUCGAACGAGCUACUGGAACAAGCCUUCUCUCAGUUUGGCCCAGUGGAGAGAGCUGUUGUUGUAGUAGAUGACCGUGGUAGAGCUACGGGGAAAGGUUUUGUGGAGUUUGCAGCAAAACCUCCAGCACGGAAGGCUCUAGAAAGAUGCAAUGAUGGGGCAUUCUUACUGACUACAACACCUCGCCCUGUGGUUGUAGAACCUAUGGAACAGUUCGAUAAUGAAGAUGGACUGCCAGAGAAGUUAAUGCAAAAAACACAACAAUAUCAUAAGGAAAGAGAACAGCCUCCACGUUUUGCUCAGCCUGGAACUUUUGAGUUUGAGUAUGCUUCACGGUGGAAGGCUCUUGAUGAGAUGGAAAAACAACAACGUGAACAGGUUGACAGAAACAUUAGAGAAGCCAAAGAGAAACUAGAGGCAGAAAUGGAAGCAGCUAGACAUGAACAUCAGUUAAUGCUGAUGAGGCAAGAUCUCAUGAGGCGCCAAGAAGAACUGAGGCGUUUGGAAGAACUUAGAAAUCAAGAACUACAGAAACGGAAGCAGAUACAAUUAAGACAUGAAGAAGAGCACCGACGUCGUGAAGAAGAGAUGUUACGCCAGCGAGAACAGGAAGAACUCAGACGGCAGCAGGAAGGAGGGUUUAAACCAAAUUUCAUGGACAAUAGAGAACAGGAAAUGAGAAUGGGUGAUAUGGGUCCUCGUGGAGCAAUAAACAUGGGAGAUGCGUUUAGCCCAGCACCUGCUGGUAGCCAAGGUCCUCCUCCAAUGAUGGGUAUGAAUAUGAACAACAGAGGAACUUUGCCUGGCCCUGCAAUGGGUCCUGGUCCUUCCAUGGGACCAGAAGGAGCUGCAAAUAUGGGAACACCAAUGAUGCCAGAUAAUGGAGCAGUGCAUAAUGAGAGAUUCCCUCAAGGAGGUCCAUCACAGAUGGGUUCACCUAUGGUUAGUAGAGCAGGCUCUGAAACUCCUCAGCCGCCAAUGAGUGGCGUGGGUGCCGUGAGUGGUGGACCUGGUGGCUUUGGUAGAGGAAACCCAGGGGGCAACUUUGAAGGACCUAACAAACGUCGCAGAUAUUAAAACCUUCUUUCAUUCCUUACUGUUUAGAAAAUUUAGUACAGGUAUCCAGUGAUCUGCCUUUAUCAUUUUAGCUGUUAUCUGGAAAACGGUUUUAUUGUUAAUGUAGUCUUUAAAACAGUUUCUUUUGUAAAACCUAAACAUUUUUGUAUUCAGUAAUAGGCUUUGUAGUGUAGAGCAGAAAUGAUGAGCAUCAUUAUGUAAGUCAGUGUGUUUGUGACUUCAGCAAAAUAUAAACAUGUGACUAUGCUGUAAAACUUGUGCAGUUAUUUGAUCACAAUAAAAUAUAAAACAAAUCAAGUGAAUUUGGAAAUGUUAUUAAAAAUACUGCCUGGAAUAACUUUUUUGUUAAAUUGUAAGUAGCAUCUUUUUCAUUCAUCUCAAUACUUAAGAAUUCUUACGUUAAGUGUGAAAAAAACUUAAUGUUUGUUUAAUUGUAAAUGUGUGCAAAUAGAGCUGCAAGUUGCAAUUCAUAUGAUGAAUACUUAUGUUAUGACAAGUGAUUGAAGCUAAUACAACUUUUCAAAAGCAUUGAAUUUUAUAUACAUCCUUAUUGAGCUGUAAAAAUGCUGUUUACUUAUUUCUUCUUCCUGUACAAAUCUAAUCACUAUAGGUUUGUCAACGAAGUAUAUCCUCUGUUAAACUUCAAAUAAACGUUUUGAACCUUGAAAAAUAA